UGGCCAGUCUUGCUCCUCCCGUCCCGUCUGCUCUCGCCUCAUUUCUCUCCACGUUGCUUCCCCGGCAUCGCCGUAGGGCCUUCGCAGCUCCGUGAGGGCAGGCUGGGGCUGUGGUGGGUCGGCCGAUCGCUGGAGGCUGGGACCCUGCUGGGGAGGGAGGGGGACACGGAGUGGAGCUGGAAGUAUCCCACCGACCCGGUGAUUCACAGCCCAGAGGGUGAACUCACGAUGAACUCUGAGUCCAAAAUGGGUCAGACGAACAGCGCAGAGGCAGAAGAGGUACUGAUAGAGAUAACAGCAAAUAAGGAGGCUCUCCUGCGAAACGUUGUCUGGAUCAACUUUGCCUGCCAGGCGCCAAGCAGAGCCCAGCAGAACGUGGCAGUGCAGUGUGCGUGUGGAGAGGUGUGUGUGGGCGAGUGCGCGGACGUGUGUCUGCGUGUGUGCGAGGACGUCCCGCCGGGAACAGAGCUGCUGUUGUACGAUGUCACCGUGGGGAAAAGUAGGACGGCGGACAAACCGGACACACGGAACAACUCCGCUGCACAAGACACAGGUAACAAGGUGGAACACACAAACAACCCAGAGGCCGUAAUUAACAACAUAUCAGUCAUUCGGGAAAAGGAAGAGACAGACGACAAACAAAAGGACAGAAAACAGGAGGAAGAGGAGGAGGAACUUUACAGAAAGCCCUGCAGACACUUCAAGUGGAGUCACUCAACCCGACACAGGAGGAAGAGGAGAGUCAGGAAAAUCCUGUGUGAGCCAGGUCUGGACAGUGAAGGACAGCAGGACAGUGGCGCUGAUGGUCAAACAGACAGGACAGCUGCAGGUGGACGCACAGACACGACGGGUAGAGUCCCGUCUGCUGUGGACACAGAGUCACGCUGUAGCUCUAAGGACCGACAGACCGACUCCCGAGGCCUCUCUGCAGCCCCUGCUGUUCGCUGCAGCUCCCGUCUGGCCUCUAAGCCGCGACGGGUUCACUGUCUGACCGGCCGGGUGAAGCGACCCCCUGCCCGCCCCGACCCACCAACACAGACAGAGGGGCAGAGCCAGAGCUCCGCUGGGGGCGCCGAGUCCGUCCCAGAAAAGGUGCUUUCCAUGAAGAUAUUACACCCUAAUGCUGAGGCUAUCGCAGCCGCUCCGACGUGGCAUCCAGAGAUCAGGGAGAGGCGGUACAGAUGUUCCAGCUGUGGUAAAAAGUUCUACCAGCUCGGUCACUUAAAGAAACACCAGUUCAGUCACACAGAGGAGAAACCCUUCACCUGCCAAGAGUGCGGGAAAAACUACACGUCUGCCGAGAGCUUCAGAGCCCAUCAGAUGAGUCACCGCGGGGAGCGCCCGUUCUCCUGUCCUCACUGUGAGAAGACCUACGGACUGAAGCGGGACCUGAAGGAGCACAUGGUCCUGCACACCGGAGAGAAACCUUACACCUGUGAGCACUGUGGCAAGGCGUUCGCACGCCGCCCCUCCCUACGCAUCCACCGCCUCCUUCACUGCAGCAGAAUGAUCUACACACAGCCUCCCAAGGUGCAGUGUACACUCUGCCCCAAGCUGCUGGCUAACUUCGGCUCUCUGAGGAACCACAUGAAGCUCCACACGGGGGAAAAACCUCACACCUGUCAGCACUGCGGGAAGUGCUUCAGUCAGAAAGGAAACCUUGAGUGCCAUUUGAGAAUUCACAGCGGAGAGAAGCCGUAUCCUUGCUCCGAGUGCAACCAGAGUUUCUCCCAGAAACCAGAGCUCCACCGGCACAUGUUUUCCCAUACCGGAGGAGGUUUCCUUUGUAGCUAUUGUGGAAAAUCGCUGAGGGACCCGCACAGCCUGAAGUCCCACGAGAGACUGCACACUGGAGAAAGGCCACAUCGCUGCCUUAUCUGUGGAAAAGGAUACACGUUGGCCACCAAGCUGAGAAGGCACAUAAAGUCGUCUCACCUGAUGGAGAAGCCGUACAGCUGCCACUGCGGCGCCUCAUAUACGGUGAGACAAAGUCUGCUGAGGCACCAAGCUCAGCACAGGACAGAGGGAGGACACGGAGAGGAGACAAACGGCAGCAAGAAAGACGACGUGCAAGAGUUAGCGGCUUUAAGCUGCAGUCACCCGAAGCCGAUCAGAGGCAGACCCAAGAAGAACUCUGUCCCUGGAGGGGCAGGAGAGAAGGAGGCUGGUGAAGUGAAGCGGAGAAGAGGACGAGGGAAAGUGGAGGAAAAGGAGGCGAGGCAGGAAGGAAAGAGAGUUCAAGAGGACAAGACCUCAAGAGGAGGAGAUGGGGAGGCUUCGAGUAACGUCCAACACGCCGUCGUCUACGUCCAAACAGACAACCUGUCCACGCCAAGCUCCGCCCCCCUGCUCCUCACCUCGGAAAGCUCGCUGCCCGCAGGGACGGGGCAGGAGCUGGUGGAGGUGGUGAUAUCAGAGGGCGCAGAGCAGUGCAUUGUGGUCCAUGGGCAGCAGACAGUAGGAGAGCUGCUGAUCUUACAGGAGGAGGGGAGCGGACUCUGCUCUGUGGCUCAGACUGUGGAGAUAAACACCAUGUAGCCUAAAGUCUCCGUUUCUCGAACCAUCUCUGGUGGGAAAGAUCCAAAAGAAAAGAGAUCAGAUCACGUCGCACGGUUGUAGUAAAUAUCAUCAAUUCCUUAUGUUCAACACAUCUCAGUCAACUGUAUAAUAAGUGCUUGUUUGUUUCUUACACUCUCCUUGCUUCAACCUACCUCGUCUUUCAGUUUAUUAUUUUUUGCAAACCCCAGAUUUCCCCUUGAAAAGCCCCUACACAACAGAUGUGAACUCAUUAGACAUAAUUAGCUGCUGGUUAUAAAUGUAGGAGGGUAUAGCAACAGUAUCAACUGCAACUGUCGCACAGUAUGUCCUACCCUUUACUUAGAUGCCAACAUAUUUCGUUGCAUUCUGGUCUUUUUGCUGUGUGUGUGUGCCUCUUCAGCGCUGGAUUUCUUUUCUUGUGAUUGUUAAACAUUAGUGCGCUGUUUGAGUCUGAGCGGCUGACACCUGAAGCUGACAUUCACUGGCGAUGCUUAAGAUGAAACAAAACGCUUGUGUUGUCAGAAUCCAUUGAAGUUGCACUGGAAAUAUCUCAACUUGACAUCAAGUCCUCUACAUUUAGUCCGUUAUUCCCUGGAGUUUGAAGAUAGAAAAUAAAACAGCAAAGUACAUCCAAAAAUACAACGUACUGUACGUGUGUGCCUCCAGCCACGUUUGAAAGCCUUGUGCUCCCACACAAGUUUUUUUUUAAAUUAAUCCGGCUGUGUACUUCAUGUACUAAAAAAGGUGUAAUUUUUCUCAACCUAACAGGUGAAACAAAAGUAGAACCAGAUUGAGGAAGAUAUCUGUCAAACACAGUCUGUCUUUGUGCUGUCUGAUGCUGGGCAGGUCAGUUUAAUAAUAAACUGUGAGCUCACUGAUAAACUUGCUUUUUACUCAAACCUAUGUGUAGACAGCGGCUGCGACACAAGCGUCAUUGUUCACGUACUCGCUUUCGUACUCUGCGUGUCUCUGGAGGAUUAAAAGUAGAUCCACCAGGGUGUAGAUUGGGGCCUGAUCACCCCUGCCCGAAAAAUGGAAAAUCCCCCUCGUGAACUUCUGCUUUUGUACAAUAUAAACAGAAACCAUGUUGACACUCGAGGACGUUACACUAUGGUUGAUGUUGAGAUUGUUGUUUCACACAAUGGACUGAAUAUCAAUUGCACGAGGCAGGAGGUUCCCUCGCAUUACUGUGCAAGACAAAGAACAAAUCAACAACAGAACCGUAGUACCGAAUCAUAUGGAUCUUUCCAGGAAACAUCUUUGGAGAUUGUUUUGGAAAUAAAUUGGAAUUUAUGCAUCCGUAAAAUAAAGCGUAACCAAUUGAAAGUAUUUUAUAACAUAACAUGACAAAUAACAAAGCAUUUUACAACAUUUCCUUUAAUGGUCACCGACAUCAGCUGCAGCUGGGAUCAAGUGGCAACCACAGUCUGCUAUCCUUCUGUAAUCUAGUCCUGCGAAACUCAUAUUUCUAAACUACACUGCAUGUCUGAGUACUCAAGGGUACAUUGAAGACUUACUGAGAAAAGACAGCAUGUAAAACUAUAAGGUAGGAUUGGAGGCCAAAAGAAUAACUGUCACCAUAUAGAGACGUGAAACACUGUAAAAGUAAAGGAGAAAAGAUUCUGGAGGCAGCACAGCUGUGACUGAAAAGACCAACAUCAGACAGAAAUAAUGCAAAGGCUUAGUCAUGUUGCUGAGAAUGAAGACAAACACUUCAGCCACUGGAGAGACACAGGAUGAUGGAAACAAGCAACUGUAAAACCCCCUCCGUACAACCAGAGCUGAAAGCUGCUAGAUGUCUGACACACACAGACAUGUAGAGACUGAAAAUAGAAAUGAAUUCAUAUUUUCCGAAAAAAAAAUCCUCUCUUAGAUAAAGCAUCAAGAGUGCUACUCAACCUUCUCAGACAGAUUACCAUCCCCUAAAAGAAUUGUUUGUGGUUUCCUUUUCAUCCGACCCCCUUUCAGAAGUCUGCAUGGAAAAUAAAAUAGAGAAUGCAGAUUAAUUAGAAAGUCUAAUUAAAAUGGUGCAGUCAUAUUGGAAAAAUAAUGUCAGAAGUUAGAUUGUGUGAAUGUGACUUUAAAGCAUCUGAAUGAAGAGCUUUGACCACCACAGAUACAUCUUCAACGUGUCUGCCAGACGUUUGUUGGUUUGUCAGUGUAGACGUUCGUUUCCGCUCGAAUUUUAACCUUUUUUUAUGCGCAGUUGUUGAAUGUUGGUGCAAAACCACUAAAAAAUUUACCGUUAUCAAACUCCAUUGCAGUGGCGAGAAAUAGACCAUAUGGCCACAAGUAUGAAGACAGGCCUUCCUAACUACACUUUUGGGCUGUUUAGGUGCAAGGCCCCUUAUUUCUAAUCUUACUGCUAAAACAUACAGUGAUAUUUUAAAAAUUUAUGUGCUCCCAGCUGUGCGUCAACCUUUUGUGUUCCUCUCUUUCCUGUUUUAACAUGACAAACUCCCUGUUCAUUCAGCCAGGUCCGUAAAGAAAUGGUUUUCCAUUCGGGUGUGGAAGAACUUGACCGGCCUGCACGUCACCCCUGACCUCGACCCCAUGAUGGGGUUUCAGGCAAUCUCUCCAGGAAGACGUUCACAGUGUAUCAGCCCGUUGCUGAAAUGAAAAGCGAAAUUAGAAAAAAAAAAAAGAAAAGAAAAGCUGAGAGAGUUCAAUCCCUGGCUGUCUUCUCACCUCCUGAGCAAUCACAGCACACAGUGGGAGUGAAUGUCGGAUUGUCGGUUUCAUAAAGUCACAGAAAUAUUCGGACGCAGGCCCCACUGAUCUGACAUCAGAAAGAUGUCGGGGUAGGAAGCUCUUUAACCCACCGAUAAGCUGUUCUGAUGGAGUCUAUUGGCCUUUUUAAAUGUUCCAAAGUGGAUGCACUUCAACACGUCAACAACUGCCAAAUGCCAUAUCUAUGAACGACAAGUCUUUUGCUUAAAUAUUUAUCUGCCAUUCAUCAUUUUAAAGUAAGAACCACCGGCAUUUUUGAUAUCUUGAGAAGCAUGACUGAAAAAUUGGAAAAAUGAAUCCGUACAGGGUUAAUGAAUGUCAGAUCACUGACAAGAUAUGUGGACAAAGCACUACACCCCUUUCACCACAGCAGAUUCUGAGGUUUAGGAGUAAUACUGACUGAAGUACAAAUGGCACUUUUUUAACCAUUCCAAGCCAAACCUACUAUCCAAAAAAAAAAAAGGGAUUUGAUAAGCCGAUUCGGAACUGGAUUCAGAUUCAAUAAAGAGAUAUCGGACCCUCUCCCCAGAGCCAGGACUUGUGUCUAACUGGGAGCAGAACAGCAGGUUCAACAUCUGGUGGAAAGGCUGAGACCAGAAGAGUAAAGGCCUUAGCAGGCUUUGACUAAAGCGGUUGUCAGAUGGUCUGACAUGAUCUGAAACCCUCUCCCCUUACACCUUUUUUUUCUGUCGAGCUGCAUCUGACAGUUUCUGUCAAAGUCUCUUAUGGCCAUUUUAUUCCUGUAUUGUUGAGUCUGCAGUAGAGAGAUGACAUGAAAUGAGUUGAGAGAGAGAGUUGUUGAACGACAUUCAGCGAAGGUCCCCAGCCUUCAUGGUUGGUGCCUUAAAGGUGCUAUAUGUAAGUUUUCCUUGCCGCUGAAUGUGGUGUCUUGCCGGGAUCGGGUGAUGGUGGUGGUGGUGGCGAUGGUCAUCUACUAACAGCCUCGGCCUUCGUUGCAUUUACAAGAAAAAAAAGGUUGUAAUAUGCUCUCUGAGCAGCGCUACUUUCUCAGGUCAGCCUGAACGCUACAGUGAGUGUCGGAAAGUGACGGGACGGGACGGCCGGGACAGGGCUAGCUGGUUAGCAUGCCCGCUUCAACAGAGGAAAAGAAGUGACAGUGAAAUAGAAGCAAAACAAGAGUUACCAUUGGCGUUGGUUUCCACCGCUGGGGACUGCGCUUGGCGAGUCAAGGAAUGAAGUUUGAUGCUGAAGUCGCAGCGUUUCUUCUAAACUGAUAAGUAAACAGCUGUUAAUGCUAACGCUGGCUAUGUAUCGAUAGCAAAAAGUUACACAUAGCACCUUUAAACUUCUAGGCAAACAGAAUACCGUACCAAUAGUUGUUUUUAGUACUUUAGGACUAUUUAUCCUUCUAAUUUAUUGGGAUCACACCUGAAAAAUGAAGCGGCCUCAGUUGACCAAACUCUGUUAUAAAUCUAAUGUUGUUUAUUCCGUCAGUGUCCCACAGGACUCCCAGCUGCUCGCAGCUUCUACCACUAACUGCCAAGACUGUUUAAUUUGUUUGGAGGUGCUGAUCCGCAAGGUACAACCUGUAAAGCAACUCUAUGAAUCUUGUGCCUCAUUCCGUAUGAAAAAAAAAAGUUUGUGAAAAAAGAAAAAGAAAAAUGACUCGUGUUUCCUUCUCUUUUUAGUUUAUAUUCUGUUACGGAGCUUCUUUAUCAGUUGAUAUUCACAGACAGCGAUUCUUGAAAUGUUUUAAUUGCCUUUGUUCCCUUGGCGGGACUAGUUUUCCCAAAUCUCUUUUGAGAUAUCGCACAUUUUGUACAUUGAUCGCCUUAGAGAAAUUGCACUGGCGCGUGCUCUCAGGGUUUCACCGUUUCGCCGCCUUGUUCUGUUUUAACCGUUGUUUACUCUCCUUGGCGAAAAUUAGGGGGAAAAGGAGAGGAUGACACGACAACCAGAAGAAUUUGAAGGAGUUGGAGUAGAAGUGAAAAUGAAGCUGAUUUAUUUUCAGCUCAUCUCGAUGCUUGCGGACCUAAACAAGCUUCUCAGUAUGUGGGGGAGGACGGGACAAGCUGGUUGUGCCAAACAAAUAGAAAUCAAUGUGACAAAACUAGGCCUGACUAAUCCCUACCUCUGAAUAACAAAACGCAUACAAAAGACCUAACUUGCUUACCUAAAAAAAAAAAAGAACAUCACCGAAACUGAUACAGAGGUGGCAACAAAAAAAAAAAAUCUUAGUGUCACUAGGCGAAAGUAAACUACGUGUGUGUAAAGUGUAAAGGGCACCACCGCUCACCUAUUGUCCUCAACCUCCCGCCACAUACCUUUUUCCAUGAUGCUCAACAAGUUUGCUCAAACAGCGCAAUAUGAAACAAGGGAAGGGG